GUGGAUGCCAUGAGCACAAGGACAGAUGCACAACAUCGAUGUCUGUGCAUGUCUAUCCGUCAAUAUCUUUGCACGCGCAUCACACGCAAUCAAUUUAGAGAUUUAUUUUUGGUCAUUUCGUACGAUUCAAAUUCAAAUUUCAAAACCACCUACGAACGCUUGCAGGACACUGAUUCAACAGCUACUCUUUCUCUGUCUCGCUCGCUCAAACGGGUUUAAGGUUUUUUCCUCAAAGGGUUCUUGCUUGGAGCCAUGCAUCGACGCCGUCGUCACCAUUCCGGUUCGGCAAAUAGGCCUACACAUGAUCAACAAUUAGAAGCGGAACAAAUCCAAAGUUUGAUUGAUCAAAGGAUCAAAGAGCAUCUUGGUGGUGCAGGAUCCCAACAAGUUGGUGCUGCUUUCAACCAGCAUCUUGACUCUUACCCACAGAGACCUUGUCUUCCAGUCAUGCUUCCAACUGGUAUGCCUGCAUAUGGAUCACAAAUGCCCGAAGCCGAACAAACCCAAAGUAUGAUAACUUUGAUUGAUCGGAGGAUCAAAGAUCAUCUUGGUGCUGCAGGAUUCCAACCAGCUGUUAUUCCAGGUUAAUUGAACUCUGUGUAAUUUGUUUUUCAUUAUUACAGCCUCCUUGUUUGCAAGCUGCACGGUUUAGCUGUUUUCUAGUUGGUUCAAUUUAAGUUUUGUGGCAAAUAACUAUUUUGUUAAGAUUUAUACAUGCUCAUAGAUGCAUCCAAUGAUGCACCUGCACUAAAAUUUUCAUACCCAGCACUAUUUAGUUCACU